CGCAAAUCGCAUCCAAUUACGACGCGCCUAGGACCGCGCACGUUGAUCACGGUACGGCAGCACUGCUGAGACACGCAUUUGUUGACGCCCACCCGCGCGCGAGCGCCAAUUCUCGCCGCGUGCCGAUAUCCACAUUGCCGCGCUGUGGAAGCAAUCAAUUUAAACUCGGAAGCCAAACCGCGCCGCAACUCAAAAAAGCUGUGGAAGCAAUCAAUUUAAACUCGGAAGCCAAACCGCGCCCAACUCAAAAAAAUGUGGGGCGACGAGGAGGAGAUGUUCUACGGCAUCCCGAAGCGCAAGCCGGGCAAGCCCCGCAACGACGGCGCGGGCACCUUCUUCGGCGACCUUAAGGCCGCGGUGAAGAAGACGGACAGCGCCGGCGCGUUCGCGGCCUGCGGCCACGACUCGCAGCUGCCGGCGCCGCGCCUGCGCGUCGACGGCCUCGACGCGCCGCUGGCGGUACCGGUGCCGGCGUCGCAGGCGGCCGCGCUCGUGUCCAUCGCCGAGCGGGCCGCGUUCGGCCGCGGCGAGGCGACGAUCGUCGACGAGACGGUCCGCAAGGCCAUGAAGAUCCCCGGCGCGCGGUGCCGCUUCGACAACGCGGCUUGGGCGCCGGCCCUCGAACGGCUCGUGCAGAAGGCGCGGCGCGCGCUCGGCGUCGUGCCGCGGGUCCGCGCGGAGCUCCACGAUUUAUUAGUGUACGAGGCGGGCGGCCACUUCUCGCCCCACCGCGACUCGGAGAAGCAGCCGGGCAUGUUCGGCACGCUCGUCGUGACGCUGCCGUCGGCGCAUACCGGCGGCGCCCUCGAGGUGCGCCACGAGGGCGAGACCGUGCGCUUCGAGUCCGCCUACGGCGGUGACGGGCCCGCGCCGUCGCUGAGCAUCAAGCAGAUGAAGCAGACGAUCUCGGAGGCGGGCCUGGCCGUCGCGGACUUGCUGGAGAAGCAGGACGUCGUCGCGCGCUUCGCCCAAGCCAAGGAGCGCCUCGCCGAGGCCGAGCGGCGCCGCGCGGGCCCCUUCGACGAGGCCGCGGCGACGCGCGAGGCGAAGAAGCUCAAGGUCGUCGAGCUGCGCGCCGCGCUCGAGGCCGCGGGCGCCGACACGAAGGGCCUCAAGGCCGCGCUCGUCGAGCGGCUCGUCGCCACGCAGCGCGCGGCCGCGGCCGCGGCCGCGCUGCCCCAGGCGGGCUGGUGCGCCUUCUACGCGGACUGCGAGCACGAGAUCCGCACCGUCGAGUCGGGCUACCGCGUCGCGCUCACGUACAACUUGAUUCACGCGGGUGGCGAGGCGCCCGUCCCGCCGCCCCAGGACGCCGCCGCGGCGUCCCUCAAGACGCUCGCCGCGCGGUGGACCGCUGGCACCCACGACCAGCCGCCCGACAAGGUCUGCCACUUCCUCAAGCACUCGUACACGAAGCCGGCCCUCGAGGGCGGCGGCUGGCACGCGCUCAAGGGCGAGGACGCGGCGCUCGCCGAGGCCCUGCACGGCUCCGGGGCCUACGACGUCUUCGCCUGCACCGUCGAGCAGGAGGAGCACGGGUGCGCCGCGUCCGAGGAGAUCGGCGACCUCGAGACGACCUACGGCGUCUGGGCGACGCCCGCGGCCGCCGCCGUGCCCGACGCCGUCAGGAAGCUGCUGCCGAAGCUCCGCUUCGACGAGGCCGAGUACACGGACAAGAACUACUUCUGCAAGAUCAAGGCGUACCAGGAGGACGGGGGCUUCGACACGGGCAACGAGGGCGCGCCGUACUCGAAGUGGUACAAGGCCACGGCGCUCGUCUUCUGGCCCAAGGCGCGCCGCGUCCGUGGCCCGGUGUCUUUCUGUCCUACCGUGACGGCGUGAAACCGUCGAGUCCCGCGCAGGUGCCCAUGCUCGGCCUCGGCGCGUCGCUCCGGCUCCUCGACGCGGCGAUCAAGGGCGACGCGGCCGCGCACGCGGGCUACGAGAGCGCCGGCGCCAUGGCCGCGGCCUGCGCCGCGCUCGCGACCGCGAAGCGAACCGCGGGCAAGGGCCUCGCGGAGGUCGUCUGCUGCCUGGCGCGCGACGGCGUGCCCGCCGCCGUCCUCGUCGACUUCGUCGGCGACUCGCUCGAGCUCGCGCGCCUCGUCCAACGAAAGGAAGGCUAUUAUUCAAGCGUCAGCACGGACGCGAGCUGGAACGGGGCCACGGUCGCGAACGCGCUCUGCGCCGGGCGCGAUCGCCUCCUGGCCGACCACAGCACGACGGUGAACGCGCUGCAGUUGCCGCCCGGCGCGAGUGUCUGUUUGGCGCAGUUCGGCCAUUCGCACACGCAGUUCGAGGCCGCGUUCACGAAGGCGAUGCGCCGCGCGGCGACGACGUCGGAGGCUGGCGCGUUCGCCGCCUUCCGGAUCCUGCGCGCCCUCGCCGACACCACGAGCUCGUACACGGGCGAAUCGGCGGCGCGCCUCGUCGACGUGGUCGGCGACGUCCUCGUGCAGGCGCUCGCGGUGACGUUUCCGCUGCGCCAAAUUACGGUACCGGCCUACUACCGCAACGACGCCGCGCGGGCCGCCACCUACGUCACGGAAGAGACGGAGAAAGCACGCAAGGAGGCCAAGGACGCCGCGGCCGUGACGCUCACGGCCGCGCUAUCGGCGCUCGCGGUCCCCGGCGCUACGACGGCGCGCUGCCUCGCGGCGGCGGCGCCGGUCGUCUGCGCGAACGCGGCCCGCUUCGACGGCAUCGUCGCCGUGCCCGCGGCCGUGGCACCGCUCCUCGGCGGCGCCCGGCGCAACGUGCUCGAGCCGGCGGCGGUCUCGGCCCUCGAGGCGAUCGCGGCCGCGGCGGCCACGGCAACGGCGCCGGCCGGGGCGUUAACCGGGGAAGAGAAAUGGACGCGAGGCGAUGCGCCGGGUCAGGAGAAGGUCGAGUCCAUGCUCAUUACUCUCGCCGCGACCGGCGGCGCGGGGCGCCGGGCCGCCUUGUUCGACGAGGAAGACGCCUGGACCGUCGUCCGGGCGGCGUCGUCGGUCCUCUCGGGUGGGCUCUCCAACGCCGUGUAUGAUCGUACUGGCCGCGGCCAGUACAGCUCGAAGACGCUGGCGAAGGUCGUUAACGACGACCUGUCGCUGCCGCGCGUCCUCCUCGCGGCGAUGGCGCGCGUGCCGACCGUCACGGCCGAGCGCUGGUCGCGGUCGCCCGUGCUCGAAUUACCGCGCGACGCGCUCGCGGCCGCGUUCACCGCGCUCCGCGCGUGCGAGCGCCGCGGCGCUACGGGCCAGCUCGACGCGCUCGCGGCCCUCGUGGCGCGGACGCCGGCCUUCGAUCCGCUCCGGGCGGUGGCGCCCGCCAUCGAGAAGCUCGCGGACGUGAGCAAGCUCCCCUGCCCCCUCGACACAGAGGUCCGGGCGUCGGCCGCGCUCAAGGCGUUGUGCUCCCUCACGCUCGCGCCGCUGCGCACGGCCACGGUGGCGCCGCCGCCGCUCAAGGACUGGAAGCUGACCGUCGACCUGGGGCUUGGCAAGGGUUGGAAGAUCAAGAACAUGGAAGAGUUCUUCGCCGACCCGGUCGCCGAUAAGAAGACCCUCUCCAUUCGGGACGACGACGAGGAGCGCAUGGCGCGGAAGCUCGAAGAGCUCCAGAGCCCCGACGCGUUCACGACCACGCGCACCGAGUCCCGCUACGGUCCCCGCCUCGAGAUUGCCAAGGUCCCCGCCGGCCAGGCGCCCAAGGAGGACAUCCGCGCGCGCAUCGCAUCCGAGGAGCUGCGCGCCAAGGACCUCGCCACGCUCCGCACGUUGGAGGGCCUCCUGCCGCAGCCGUCGGGACCGCCCACGGCCGGGGACUCGUCCAGCGACGACGAGCCGGAGAAGAAGAAGCAGCGCUCCCUCUGA